AUGCCUCGUCUACAGACAUAUACGGAAAGACCGGUGGUACUGCUUACAAACGAUGAUGGUCCUCCAUGCGCUUCUUCACCCAACAUCUUCUCAUUCUGCAAACUUCUGCAAUCACGUCUGGGAUGGGAUGUGAGAGUAGUGAUACCGGACUGUCAGAAGUCAUGGGUCGGCAAAGCGUAUGCGAUCAGCGAUGUCAUCUCGGCGAGCUACUUUUAUCCUCUAGAGCCUGAAGGACUUACUGGCGAUAUCACCACUACGCCCAGGCCACUGAAAGAAGGUGAAACAAUGGAGUGGAUACUUCUUUCCGGUACACCAGCAACAUGUACAAAUAUAGCUUUGCAUAACCUCUAUCCUGGUGAGAUAGACUUAGUGAUAUCCGGACCUAAUCAUGGUCGGAAUUCCUCCACUGCAUUCGCUUUAUCAUCCGGAACCUUAGGUGCGGCAUUAGCAGGAGCACUGUCUAUACCUCUUCCUGGACCUUCGACUGGCGAACCCUCAUUACAUACCGAUCAUAUACCUUGUAUAGCCGUUUCAUAUGGAGUAGUCACUCGGCCCGUCACUUCGAGGGUAUUGGAAUUGGCUACGGACGCAGCUGUAGAUGUAUGUGAGAAGCUAUUUGACGAUUGGGGAUGGGAUGAGGAUCGCGAGAAGGGAAGACAUUUGGUGCAGGUUUACUCGGUGAAUAUACCGCUGGUAGAAGGUGAUUUGGAAGUGGGGAGGAGAAAGACGGCAUGGACGAAUAUGUGGAGAAACUCUUAUGGAAGGUUGUUCAAGGCUACUACGUUGACACAAGCGAAUUAUGAUCCAGGAGAUAACUCUAAUCAAAAUCGUUCAUCGCCUUCAUCCUCCAAUAAUCAACCUCAAAACAACAAUAUCCCACCUAACUCUUCAACCACAUCUACAGCUGGACCAGGUGCCCUACCAACACCAGUACCUUCGUCACCUGAUUUCAAACGACAUGAUGGGCAAUUACGAUUUCAUUUCGCACCUAAUAUGAAACCCCUCCUGUUCCCUCCUGUUGAAAGCUUGCCGGUCGGCUCUGAUGCCUGGGCUUUCGCGAAGGGCUAUAUAGGUGUCACUCCUAUGCGAGCCCAGUUUGCUGGACCGAUAGAAGGGGGGUAUGGAUUUGGGAGGGAGGAGAAUGAUGGGAAGAAAGCUGGUAGUCUGUGGAAUUGA